AUGGAUCAUAAACCAGAUAAGACCAAGUAUUUCAUACCUGAUUCCCAGAACAUACCGCAACAAUCUGAGAAUUUGCAGCAACAAGCUAACGAAUUAGCACAUCCAUCGCGUGCAGCUUCUUCCCGGGAAUUUGAGAAGCAUGAGCUAAAUCAAAGGGCUGCAUUAGGGCCUCCAAUUAAUUUUACAAAUUUUAAUUACCAGCAUCCUCAAAACCCUAUGCAGCGACAGCCACCUAAGGGCCAACAUAUAAGUGUCUCGCAAGAGCACUAUCCUUUCAAUUUUCAGGGACCCUUGUUGAAUGAAGAAUCACAGCAAUCUCAUGAUCCGUCUGGCAUGCAUGGCCAUAUACCUCCAUCUCAACAUAUACAAUAUCAACCAACCCAAUAUGCAUUUCAGUCCCCGGUUCAUCAUCAACAGCUGCCGCAACAGCAUCUGAAUGUAAUGACAACCCGUUCAGGAAAUAUAUUGCAUAACCGUAUGAGUUCUAUAUCAUCGACCAAAUCAAAUGAUAGUGGAAUAGAAUCGUCAGAUAUUCAUAUUAAUGACACUGAGAGUUCACGGAAAAGACAUAGAAAAUCAGAUUUUUUAAUGCCCGGUGAGGAUGGUGAUUUGGAAUUGAAGCAGCUAGCAUUCAAAGCUUCAGAAUUGCCAUUAUCUGACCUUGCGCAAAGGGUAAAAAUGAUAGAAAAUGAGCAUUCACCAGAUGACAACAAGUAUCUGUCUCAAUUGGAAAACCACAAAGAAAGACAGAAACAGAUAUUUGGAAUGGUUUGGUUGCUUAAAUCUUGCGAGUCUUCACCUACUGCUGUUAUCCCAAGAAAUAGAAUAUAUGCUAGAUAUGUUCAAGUUUGUGCUGAUAACAGCUUAACUCCUUUAUCACCAGCAAGUUUUGGGAAGUUGAUAAGAAUACUAUUUUCCAAUCUCACCACCCGAAGACUCGGAAUGAGAGGACAGUCUAAGUACCACUAUUGUGGAAUCAAGCUAGUCGGCGAGCAGUUUAAUCCUAACCUGUCGAAUCCACACUCAUCGAGAGCAAGUCCUCAAAGCAGCUACAAUCCUCCUAUAAAAAGCCCAAGUUCAAUUUCACGUUUGUUGAAUCUAUAUACUGCUACUGAUUUUGAAAAAAAGUAUGCUAUUCCUAACUUGAAGUAUAUUCCAAAUCUUUUCAACUUGGUUGAACAUUCGCUAAACAUGGAAAAUAUGACAUCGCCAUUAAAUCUUCCUUCUAUAUACCCGUAUCUACCACCGGACACAGACUAUGAUAUUUCGGAUACGUUGUAUUCGUUAUAUAAAGUUCAUUGUACCUCUGUGUUCGAAUGCCUUAGAUACAUGCGUGUCAAAAAGUUGUUUUCUGCUUUUUCAAACUUCACCAACAUUCUAACAGCACCAGUUUUCAAGCUUUAUGCAAGCGAUUCUGUUCUUGGUUGGAUCAUGGAAUGUGAUUUAUUAAUGUAUACAACGAUGGCUAAGAUGCUUGCAAAGCUACAUCUUCAAAAUGUUCCUGAUGAAGUACUCCAACAAUUGAAACUCAUAGCAAGUCAAUAUGUUGAUAAGCUUAUUGGAUCGUUACAAAGUAAAGUGCCCAAAAGUUUCAUCAUGGUGAAGUACCACCUUGCUCAGCAAUUCAUCUCCAUCUUAUCAAGGCUAAUAAAAGUAAUCGAGACAGGUCAGUCAGCUUUAAAAAUACUAAGUAAUGACUCGGAAAAACAAGCAAUGCUUGAUGAUUGGAUGAGGUUGGAUAUGAGAGAAAUUGUCUUACGGGAAGUUCAUUCUUCACAAAGAAAUUGUGAAGCUUUAUUGGAUAAAAUUCAGGGAGAUUUCGUAAAUGUAUUUGCUCCUUUAUCAAAGGAUCCUGAAUUCAAUGGAUCAUUGGGUCCUGCGGCACGCUUUCUUUCUGAAAUACCUGGAAAGUUUCCAAAUUGUAAUCCUAGACUUUUUGUUUUAAUUGCUACGAAUUUGCUGACUACUUUCUUGAGAGAAAUUAGUUUUAUCAGUGGACAGAGCUUUGGGGCUUGGUGGAUCAUCAAAUGUUGGAUAGAUGAAUAUUUCAAUUGGAUGUUCGAAUUGGGAGGUUACCUUCAAGAUGAGUUUGAGGCUGUAAAUGAUGAUUUUUCAGAGCCGCUUCCCAUAGACCCUGAGAAUACGCUGAUCUCACAAGCAGAUAGUGGUAAUGAUAACCUUCGGUCUAUUGUUGAUCUCUUGGAUGGAGCUUAUGGAUUGGAUUCCCUUAGACAGGACCAAGACGUUGAUGAACUUUUAACCUACGAGAAUAUGAAGGACAAUUAA